AUGCUAGAUGAUAUGGGUGUUACUAUUGACCCAACUGCAGCUGGAGACCACGAGCCUACAGCUGAGCGAAACAAUCAAACGCUGAAAGAAAGAGUCAGAGUAGCUCUUGCACGAUUACCCUACAAAGUGGUCCCAAAGGUGAUCACUGAAUGUCUUGGACGUGGAGCCGCCGAGCUAUUGAAUGUCUUUCCCCAGAAAGACAGUAUUUCCUCACAUUUCAGUCCGCAGCAACUCAUUGAUAAUGUCAAUAUCAACUACAAGAGUGACAUGGUUGCUGAGCUUGGAUAG